AUGGCAGCUUCGAACAACGAAGAUGCGAUCCUUCGGUCGCUGAACCAGGCACAACGCCGUGCCGUGACAUCCUCAGCAUCCACCGUUGCUAUCCUGGCUGGACCGGGCAGUGGAAAAACACAUACCCUCACAUCCCGGGUAGUAUGGCUCGUCCAGCGUGUUGGCUACCGUCCCUCGGACGUGAUUGUCGCCACUUUCACCGUGAAAGCAGCCCGAGAAAUGAAGGAUCGAAUUGGAAAGGCCCUGGGCGAGGAAUGCGAAAAGAAGAUUGUGCUAGGAACGUUUCACUCGAUCGCUCGUCGAUAUCUAUCAAUAUACGGAAAUCGCAUUGGACUGGACUCGAAAUUCGGCAUUGCGGAUGACGGAGACUCCAAGGCAAUCAUCCAGAGAAUCUGCAAAAGGCUUGAACUCGGCAUUGAGCCACUUGCAGCCAAGUCCUGGAUCAGUAAGGAAAAGGCAAGAGGGCCAAAUGCUGCCCCAUCACAAGGGACGAAAAAGCGCCCAGAAAAUCCGGCGCUGAGGACAUGUUAUGAAGAGUACCAGAUCCAACUCAAACGAUCGAAUUUACUGGAUUACGACGACCUCUUGGUAAAAUGUGUCGAGUUGUUGAGAGAUCACCCGGCCUGUGUUUCCAACGUUCAAGCGGUUCUCAUCGACGAGUAUCAAGACACCAACGGCAUCCAAUAUGAGUUGAUGAAGCUGUUCGCCCAAGCCAACCAUCGAAUCACGAUUGUGGGUGACCCCGACCAGAGUAUCUACGGUUGGCGUUCUGCCGAGAUUCGAAAUCUCUACCGCCUAUUACGAGAUUACCCCGACACGGACGAGGUGUCGCUGGAGGAGAAUUACCGAUCGUCGCAAUCCAUCCUCGAUGUAUCGCUCAACGUCAUCCAGCAAGACAAGAAGCGAUAUCAAAAAGUUCUACUGCCGGUUCACACUAAGGGUGCGCGACCUGUCCUCAGAACCCUAAAGAGCUCAGCUGCGGAAGGCGAAUGGAUCGUCUCUGAGCUCAAACGAGCAGUCAUGAUGUUUGGAGGGAUGCUCAAGUACGAAGAUGUGGCAAUCCUCCUGAGGUCAGCUGCUCUCUCAAGACACACCGAAUCUGCCCUGGGAAAAGCUGGCAUCGCGUAUCGAAUGAUUGGAGGACACAAGUUUUACGAGCGGAAGGAGAUCAAAGUGCUACUGGAUUAUCUGCGCGUGGUGAGCCAGCCAGAAAACAACGAUGCGCUGGCGAGAAUCAUCAAUGUACCACGACGAGGUAUAGGUGAGGCAACAAUCAAGUCUCUCCUCGAAGAAGCAGAAAAAGCCAACAUGAGUCUCUGGACAUUGAUAUUGAAGCAUUGCAGGGGCACGCGAAAAGCAACCACCAAUAUCCGGCAGAAGAUGGAACAGAAGCUCAACACAGAGCUGAUCAGAGUCAUAUCAACUGUCAAAAAACAAGCAGAUGGAAUCACCCAGAGCAGCCCCGCCACCCUAGUCGAUCUGAUUGAGCAGCUGAUCACACAGCUCAACUUCAAGAAGUACUUGGAGGAAGAAUACGCCGAAGACCAUGAACAGAGAUGGGCCAACGUUCAAGAGUUUGUCAACUUGGUGAGCGAUUUCAUGAGGGAUUUCGGGUCGAUCGACGAGGAUGCACUUCCUGAGAUCGAGAACCUAGACCAGGUGAAGGUGGACGACAUGCUUGGCCGGUUCCUGGCCAACGUCUCAUUGGCAUCAGACGCACAGAAAAAUGACGGAUCGAAAGACCAGAAAUCCGUGGUUACAAUCUCGACAAUCCACGCGGCAAAAGGACUGGAAUGGCCUGUUGUCUUUGUCCCCUCAGUCUACACUGGGUCGAUACCCCAUGCUCGGUCCGAAGACACUGAUGAGGAACGACGACUGCUGUAUGUGGCCAUGACCCGUGCCCAAGCUCUGCUGUACCUCAGCUGCCCCCUCUAUGGCUCGCAGGGGAUGAGUAGCAAGGUUGAGCUCUCGCCAUUUGUUUCACCAUUCGCUUCAAAAGCCUUUGCGAAGCAAGGGCCGUCGUUUGACAGACGUGUUAUCGAAAGUGCUGCCAAGAUCCUUGGAAGAGAGACACCGGCCGAAAAGGCGAUUUUCGCCAAGCUGCCUCCCAUGUUCUCACCAGAAGACGAUGCUUUCCCCGUUGACCCUGUCGACCCUAAGAACGUAGAUGGACAUGAAGAGGAUUCUGGUCGUCAUUAUUCUCGUGCUCCAAAACGGCAACGCACGUCGCUACCGAAUGACUCUUACGACGAGACUGAAGAACUCCCAUGGCAGAGGGAAUACACGACAACGAUGGAGCAAUCCGCCGAUUUCACAGUUUCCGCUCUUCCAGGAUUCACAACCGCCGGAGCGCACAAAGUUGCACUCGACGCUGUAGCGGCAACUAAAGCUCAACAACAGACUUCAAAGCCUGGGCCAAAGAAGGGAUCGAAUCGACGAGGAACUGGCCAAAAGAGCAUGAUGAGUUGGUUGAAUCAAGGUCCAAAUGCACCACGACCACCACCUGAACCACCGCGACAACAGCAGCAGACCAAUUCGUUUUCAAAGGUACGCUACGAAGCUGCUCUUGCGCGGCAGAACAGCCUACCGGCAAGACUGCCUACGCAACAACACCAGCAAAAACCCGCUAUCGAUCCUGAGCUGGCAAAGCACAAACUCACUUCAGCUCGACCGUUACCGAAGCCCGACGUCCCUAAGACAGAUGGCGGCCCUCGAAAACCCUAUGCCUGCUUCUCCAGUUCACCGCCCCGGCCCCCUUCAAGGGACCAGGCAACAGUCGAAAAAGGCAACGAAGAGCCAACGGCAGCGUCUAACCGGCCAGCCUCAAGCCUCCAUGCCACGACGUUCAUGUCGGUUAAGCCUCGUGGAGGUCUACCUCUUUAUUAUCAUCGACUGUCAAUCUUAGACACCCUCAUCACCAUGUCUGCCACUCUCAUCGCCCGGGCUUCAUCACCUGUACUUCAGGCCGCCCGAAAGAACUUCUCCACGACCACACCUUUUCUCAAGACUCUGACUUCUGAGGGCGCUCUACCUGCUGCGAGCAGCACAAAGUGGAGGUGGAGCAACCUGUCGCCUCGCACCCGGCGAUACAUCCUCGUUGGCCUCGCUGUUGGCACCUGUGUCGACACUUAUGUCGUUUACAACUACUGGCCUCGCAUUUUCGGCUCGGAAUAA